AUGUCAGUUGAAGUGAGAUUGGUUGGUGGUGCUCGUGCCGGUGAAGGCAGAGUCGAAGUGCUUCACAACGGUGAAUGGGGCACUGUCUGUGAUGACGACUGGGAUGACAAAGAUGCCCGUGUGGUCUGCAUAAUGCUUGAUUACAAUCCAAGCGGCUCUGUUUCCUUUUACGGUGCUCAAUUCGGCAAAGGUACUGGUAACAUUCUUAUGGAUAACGUUGCCUGCACUGGAGGUGAGAUCUCUAUCAAAGAUUGCAGUCACAACGGUUGGAAGACACACGACUGUGCUCACUCUGAGGAUGCUGGUGUCAGAUGUCGCACAACAACAACAACAGCUGUUAAAGUAAGAUUGGUGGAUGGUUCUUGUGUCAGUGAGGGGAGAGUUGAGGUGUUCCAUAACGGUGAAUGGGGCACUGUCUGUGAUGACGGCUGGGAUGACAACGAUGCCCGUGUGGUCUGCAGAAUGCUUGGUUACAAAAACAAUUAUUCCGUAUCCUUAUCCGUCUCUCAUUUCGGUGGAGGGACUGGUACUAUUCUAAUGGAUAACGUGGCCUGCUCUGGGAACGAAGCAUCUAUCAAAGAUUGCGGACACAACGGUUGGAGGUCACACAACUGUGGUCACUAUGAGGAUGCUGGUGUCAGAUGUUCCACAGCAGGGCCUGCAGGUGUUGAAGUGAGAUUGGUGGAUGGUGCUCGUGCCCUUGAGGGGAGAGUUGAGGUGUUCCAUAAUGGUGAAUGGGGCACUGUCUGUGAUGACAGCUGGGAUGACAACGAUGCUCGGGUGGUCUGCAGAAUUUUUGGUUACAACGACAGCGUUGCAACUGCAGUCGGUAGUGCUACGUUUGGCAAAGGUUCUGGAUCCAUUCUAAUGGACGAAGUGGCUUGUACUGGUGGUGAAAGAUCCCUGAAAGACUGCCCCCAUGAAGGAUGGGGAUCGCACGACUGUACACACUCAGAAGAUGCUGGUGUCAGGUGUUUGCCAUAA